AUGGUUUCUCUUCAAAAUCAAUUGUAUGCAAAUCUUAUUGAGAAGAAACAGGUUUGUGGAGUUAAUACUAGAGGUGGUGCAAGUACUCAGGAUCCUGACUAUCCUGAAGACCAUCCCAAGAGGAAAGAGCAAGAGGUUCUCAAGAAGAAAUCUUCUGCAGGAAAAUCUCCCAAUGAAAACGAAGAUAUUGAUGAUUCUCAAGAACAAGAUAAGGAUAUUUCUAUUUCUGAUGCUGAGACUGAAGAUGAUAAUAAUGAAGAAGAGCAAUCAUCUCCACCUGAAAAAGAACAACAUGAAGCUGAAAAUAUUGAAGAACCUGAACCUCCUGAAAAAGAAGACCCUCAACCAUCUAUUGAGAAGAAUAAAAAGAAGAAGCAUCCAAAUCAACAAAAAGGUAAAGAGAGGGAUCCAUGGGUACAAAGACCCAUACCAUAUCCCCAAGAGGUAAUGAAAUCUUUGGAUGAUGCUAGGUUUGAGAAAUUUCUUGAGUUGAUUAAAACUUUAUGUUUGCAAAUUCCUCUUGUUGAUGCUAUUAAAAUUCCUCCAUAUUCAAAAUAUAUGAAAGAUAUUGUCACUAAUAAAAGGAAGAUACCUACUGAUGCAAUUACUGCUAUGCUUGCUGAUUAUUCAUUUAAAGGGAAAAUGCCUGAAAAGCGUGGAGAUCCUGGUAUCCCAACUAUUCCUUGUCGUAUUAAAGAAACUUAUGUGAAAUAUGCAUUAUGUGAUUUAGGAGCUGGUGUUAGUGUUAUGUCUUUUUCUUAUAAGAAACUUAACCUAAACAAAUUAGUUCCAACUGAAGUUUCAUUACAAAUGGCUGAUAAAUCAGCUGCUAUACCUAUAGGUAUAUGUGAGGAUGUUCCUAUCUCUAUUGCUAAUGAGUUAAUUCCUACAGACUUUGUUAUAUUAGAAAUGCCUGAGGAUGAUAAUCUAUCUAUUAUUCUUGGAAGACCCUUUUUAAACACUGCAGGAGCUGUGAUAAAUUGA